UUGAUAACAGCUAAAGCAACGUACAUUAUUUGGCCUCCAAGUAGAUGGCAAUGUUUAAAUCCAGCCUUACCUAAAAACAGAAAACCGAUACUAAUUUCGAAACAAAAAGAAACUCACUGACUGUCAAAGUUUAAUGUGAUACAAUGAGAGCAGUAAACUUUGUACAUCGGCUACAAUGGGAAGUACCUGGGAAUAUUUUUCGACAUGGCAUAGCUAUAGGUGAUGUUGAUAAUGAUGGUGAUAAUGAAUUAGUUGUUGGUACAUCUGAAGGAGAGCUUUAUAUUUUUAAAAACACUGAAAUCUGGCAUAAAACUACUGGACUAGGUUUGAUUACUUGUGUUGCUAUUGGAGAUAUCUUCAAUUAUGGUAGAAAUGCUUUAGUAGCUGUUUGUGGUGAUGGUUGGGUACAUAUUUAUUACAGUCCUCGUUCAAUGAAUCCGAAUGCAAAUUCAACAUUAAAUUCAUCAGCACUUAGUAGAGAAUUAGAAAAUCUCAAUUUUAGUGGAAAUAGUUUUGAUCCUUUUUCAACAUCAAAUGAAACUACAGAUCAAUUAACAAGUAAAAUGGAGUGCGUUCAUUUACAACGAAUACCAACGAAUACUAAAUUUAUUCUUAUAGCUGAUGUUGAUCGUGAUGGUGCCAACGAAAUGAUUAUUGGAUUAACUGAUCGAGUUGUUAGAUCUUAUAGAUGGUCUAGUAAUGCUGAUUUGGGAACUGGAAAACUUAUUGGUUUAAAUAAGUGGGAAUGUGCUAAUCAAAUAGGCACUGUCACAUUACAGCAUAUGAGUGAUGGUACUCCAACUUUACUUGUAGCUCAACCAGGCGGAACUUUUAUGAGAAUCAAAUGUAACCCGGAUGACUGUGGUGCUAGAGAUGAUUCAGAAACUAGAAGUGAAACUGGAGCAAGUUGUGUGGAUUAUCAAACAUUAGGAAUAUCACGAAUGCGCAAUCCAAAUAUUUCAACUGAAAUAAUAGGCAAUUUAGAACCUGGUAAAACUAAAUUUUCUGUAACUGAUCAGUCGCCACCAAAAUUUGUUCCUAAAGAUAACAACACAAAAAAGCCAAAAGAUGAUAAUAAUCAAGUAAAUUCUCCAAAAUUUAAAUCAGGAUCUUUGGAAUUUCAUAGAAAUUAUUCACAAUUAGAUGUACGAAAAACAAGCUUAGAUGAAAGUGCAGAUGCAAGAAGAAAUGUAGAAAGUCGUUUAGAUGUUGAUCAAGUUGAUGGUAAUAUGCUUGGAGGAAAUGUUAUCUUGGGUGGAUAUGAAAGUACUCAUACUAAAAAAACUGUCUUACCAUCUUAUGAGGAUUUUUCUCGUAAAAAACAGCCUGAUCAAGGAGAAUCACAACCUGAAUCAAAAACCGAUGUCAUUGAUAAUCCUCCAGAAAAUAAAGUGACAGACAGCAAGCCAUAUGCUCUUGCAACUCUUGAUGGUACAAUAAUGCUUGUAAAAGAUGAAAUAAUUUUAUGGGCUAUGCAAGUAGACCAUUUAAUUUUUGCCCUAUCUCGUUUAGAUGUGACUGGUGAUGGGUCUGAUGAAAUAGUAGUAUGUGCUUGGGAUGGUCAAACUUAUUUUCUAGAUCAAGAGAGAAAUAGUAUAAGAUUUCAGUUUGAAGAGCCAGUGAGAUCUUUUUGUUCAGGGAAAUACAGCUUGACACCAGGAUCAUCAACUCCUAGCCUUGUUUAUGCUACCUUUACAAAUAAGAUUUUUUUAUAUUAUGACGUAGUGCUUCCAAGUAUGGUAGCAACAAGCAUAGAUCCUUUAGAUUCUUUAACUAUUGAACAAAAAGAAUUUAUAAAUAAAUUAGUUGGAGAAUGUACAGAGGCAGAUAGGGACAAGAAACUUCAAUUGCUCACAGAAUACUUAUUGUAUAGUACUGACAAAAAGAGUAGCAAUAAAAAUUAAAUUAAAAUA